AUGGUGGAAUCUCGGCCAGGCGGGGUUGAGGUGGUGUGGAUCAAAGGUCACAGCAACAUCCACGGAAACGAACUUGCGGAUCAGGCGGCGAAGGUAGCAGCACAGAGUGGUUCAGUGCCCUGGAUGGUGGAUCUCACUCAACAGACGGAUAUCACGACCUUUGCACAUUGUUACGGCGGGAUUGUUGAAAUCGAUCUACGUCAGCUCCUCAAACAACAAUCGACAAUCCGUCACCAUCAGGCCUGGACGUCACAGAGGCGGGUCAAGAGGGCGAUCCCUGACAUCGAUGACGUGGAAUGGAACUCGACCUUGGCUUAUGUCCACGACAGGCACGCAGUCUUCACCUUUUACAGCAACAGCAAGGACUCUCACCAACGCACACAUCAUAUCAAAAAGCUGCAUGGAAUGCUGCCCACUCUGAACUCCAUGCAGGCUCGCAAGCCCAACCUGUACCCAACAUGCGUGUGCCGACGAUGCGAGCUCGAGAAGGAGGAUAACGAUCACGUCUGGAAAUGCCCUUCGGCAGCUGAGACCACCACUGAGAUCUGGAAGGAGGCCAUGGGCAAGAUUAAUGAGUGGGGUGUGCAGGCGACAAACAGCUACAACGCAGCCAGGAAGCGAGAAUACAAACGCGCGGUGGACAGAGGUCGUCAGGUACCGAGGCCAGUACCCAUACACUGGUGGCCCCCUUCGGAUGCGGAUCAUGUGCGAGGAUUUUCUUCCAUCGGUGGAGCUCGAGCCGUGCACAGCGGUAGUCCAGCUCCCGAUCGAGACGAGAAACCGAUGUGGAAUGUGUCGGAUCUCCUCCGCGGCAUCACCCCCUUGAGCAUGUUGACUGAAUGGUCCGCGGUCUUCCGGACCCCAAUGUCCAUCGCCAAGACAGUCCUUCACAAGUUUGUUGGCUACCUGGAGGCGCAGGCCUCGGAGCUGAUCUGGAAACCUCGGUGCUCCGCGACGAUCGCGUGGUAA